CUGCUGAUAAAAUAUACAUACAUGCUUUUCCGUUUGUGGCUCUCAGGUCUCGUGUUCACCGGCCUCGCAACAUGCUUCCAAUCGUAUUGUAAGUGCGAUUGCGAGGUGAAUUACGAGAUCCUCGAGCUGGAAACGGCUCAUGGCUGUAGUCAGUGCACAGUGCAGUACUGUCUGGAUCAAAAAAUUGACAUGUGCAGAGAUCCAGAGAACCGCGACUUGAUGACGGCGUACUGUUUCCAACGGGAAUCUUACAAAGACAAGGUGAUAAUUUACGGAUUCUGCUUAAUUGUAUUGGCGUCGCUGGGAGCCAUGGGAGCAAAAUUGAUAGUUAGCAAACUUGGGUUUCAAUGAGGGUAAAGCUAGGCACGCUGAGCAAAACCACAUACAAUGCUCACUACAAUAGAUAUGGCUCUGCCGAACCCUUAAAAUUGUGGAUCGAAAAUGACUUUCCGGGUAACGGUGAAAAUUUAUUGAAAGCGAA